ACGAAAUCUCGCGUUAUUGAUUAGUUUACGCACGUUUUCUUCCUGUAACAUGGGAGAGGAACAGAGAUGACAGAACAAUAUUUUGGAAAGAUAAGUAUCGCGUAUGGGUAUAAAAACACCCUUUAGUGUUACAGAUGUGGAGAAGAUUAUUAAAUCAUCGUGGGAUUAGCAGAACAGUUACUUGGAGAAAUUUGUUCACCAUGCGGCUAAAGACGGAGCAGUUCCAAUCUCUGUUUACCGAUGGGUUGAAUGGACUCGCAGAGUUGUUUGAGAAAAACCAGCACGAGCUGCGGAUAGCCGGGGGUGCCGUGCGGGACCUGCUCUCUGGGAAGCGUCCUGAAGACGUGGACUUCGCCACCACAGCCACCCCAGAGCAGAUGAAGAGCAUGUUCCAGACGGCCGGGAUCAGGAUGAUCAACAACAAAGGAGAGAAGCACGGGACCAUAACGGCGCGGCUCCACAAUGAGAACUUCGAGGUCACCACGCUGCGAGUGGACGUUCAGACUGAUGGACGGCACGCAGAGGUGGAGUUCACCACCGACUGGCAGAAAGACGCCGAGCGGCGAGACCUCACCAUCAACUCCAUGUUUUUAGGGCUGGACGGCACCCUCUACGACUACUUCAAAGGCUACGAGGACCUGCAGAACCGCCAGGUGCGCUUCGUGGGCAGCGCGGAUCAGAGGAUCCGGGAGGACUACCUGAGGAUUCUGCGCUACUUCAGGUUCUACGGCAGGGUGGCCCCCGGGCCCGACCAGCACGAGCCCGAGACGCUGGCCGCCAUCCGCGCCAACGGCCGAGGGCUGGCCGCCAUCUCCGGGGAGAGGAUCUGGGUGGAGCUCAAGAAGAUGGUGCUGGACAACCACGCCGGCCACCUGCUGGAGCUGAUCUACCAACUGGACCUGGCGCAGUAUAUAGGUCUGCCCCCGGACGGGAACGUAGAGGAGAUGAAGCGGGUGUGGCACCACGCCAAAGACCACUCCCCCAAGCCCAUGACCAUCCUGGCCGCCCUCUUCCGCUGCUCAGAGGAAGUGGAGAAGAUGGACGUCCGGCUGAAGGUGUCCCGAGAGGAGAAGAGCCUGGCCCUGUUCCUGGUCAAACACCGGCGGGAGCUGUGCCGGAGCGAGGAGGAGCCGGAGAGCAUCCGACCAUUCACAGACUUCAUCAUCGACAGCCGGGAGCUGGACUCUCAGAGUAAACUCUGUGAGCUGCUGAAGUACCAGGGGGAGAGGAAACUGCUGUCGGAGCUCCUCCAGUGGUCCAUGCCUCGCUUCCCCAUCAGCGGCCACGACUUAAGGAAGGUGGGCGUCACCUCGGGGAAGGAGAUCGGAGCCACGCUUCAGAAGCUCCGCGACGUCUGGAAGAAGAGCCGCUACCAAAUGGACAAAGACGAACUCCUCAGUCACGUGAAGCCUUAAGCUGAGCUCAGCCAGAAGCUCCCACCUGUAGCUGCAUUUUAAGUUGGGCGAAUUUAGAGAAAGUAGACUGAAAUGAGACGGAGUGGUCCAUACGUGUUAGACUAUAACAGACACAUAAUGGAAGGACAAAACAAAAAAAAGACACUACAAAUGUGGGUCACUUUUUUCCUUUGCUUGUGUCAGUAUGAUGUUUCCAGCAUUUAAAAAAAACAACAGAUUUCAACAUUUUGUGGAUGUUGGCGUUUAAUGCCGUUAAGAUGUGGGACAACAAUCUGUCCUUUUGUUUUGUCAUCAGAGAGAAGAUGGAAAAAAAUUUGACCGAGUUAUUUUCUGUUGGUGGGAAAAGCAAAAGCUUCCCUUUUUUUUGUCAGAUAAAUUGUUUACGUGUCUAAUUAUUGCCAGAAAGCACGUUUAAGUGUUGUGAAAUAUAACUUUAUUUCAAGGA